UUGAUAGGCGCAGCGCCAGUUAGCGGCGAGCACAAUAAUGAGCUCGGGCGCUGGGUGAGCUGGUGCGGUGGUUGGCGCGCACAAGAGGCGCCAGAGAAUGAGCGCAUUGCUUUCGUUGAGCCGGGUCGCUCGGGCGUCGCUGAGGACGUUAAACAAAGUACCACCAGCAUGCUCCAGGCUUAUGGGCGGCACGGCAGGAUCUCAGCCCACCUUUGGCCUCCUUGUUGACAUUGAUGGAGUGUUGGUGCGAGGAAAAACUCCAAUACCAGCUGCCAGGGAAGCUUUCAAGAAGAUAGUGAAUCCCAAGGGGGAGUUUUUAGUGCCUGUUGUGUUCGUCACAAAUUCAGGAAAUUGUAUUCGACAAACAAAAGCUGACCAGCUAACUAGGGUACUGGGAGUAAAAAUUUCUCAGGAUCAGGUUAUGAUGUCUCACAGUCCACUCCGGGUGUUUAAACGCUACCAUGACAAAUGUGUUCUGGUGUCUGGGCAAGGGCCAGUCAUGGACAUUGCUAAAAGUAUUGGUUUUACCCGUGUUAUUACCAUAGAAAUGUUACGUGAGGCAUUUCCAUUACUGGACAUGAUGGAUCAUGAUAGGAGGCCCAAAUUGUCGCCACCUGUACCCAUAGAUCUUCCAAACAUUGAAGCUAUUAUCCUGCUUUGUGAGCCUAUCCAAUGGGAAACACAUCUUCAGCUGAUUAUUGAUGUCCUCUUGACUGGCGGAAACCCAGAAAGAACUCCUCGACAGUUGCCUAACCCUCAUAUUCCUGUGGUGGCUUGUAAUACUGAUUUGAUGUGGGUAGCAGAGGGCAAAUCACCAAGGUUUGGCCAUGGAAUAUUUAUGCUGUGUCUUGAAGAGAUUUACAAGAAAAUCACAGGCAAAGAUCUUAAAUAUGAGCUCUUGCUGGGAAAACCAAGUGAAAUAACCUACCAUUACGCAGAGUGUCUAAUAAGAGCUCAAGCUGCUGGAAGAGGAUGGCAGAAGCCUAUUCACACACUUUACGCGAUUGGGGAUAAUUUAAUGACUGACAUCUAUGGUGCUAAUCUAUACAACCGCUACCUUGAAGAGGAAUCUUCCACUAAAGGCUCCUUGGUGCAUGCUAAAGUUGCUGCAGGAAAACAAACAGCGACAGUUUCUCAGGAUGAAGAUCUUAAUGUAAUGGCAGGUGAACUGACACAGGGUUCUGCUACUUCCUGUAAAUCUGUGCUGGUUUGCACAGGUGUGUACAAUCCUUGUAAGGAUGAUACAAAAGGCCACGAAGAAUUGAUCACAGGACCUGUAUUUCACGGCCACAGGGACUUCAGCUUUGACGCUGAUUUAUGUGAUCCAGACUAUAUAGUACCUAACGUUGAUGCUGCUGUGGAACUGAUCUAUAAGCUGGAAAAAUAUGUGCCAAGCUAAUGCUUUUUUUUUAUAUAAAGCUUCUACCUGUAAGCUCAACUUGCAUCUGGAGAUAGAAAAUGCGGAUUUUUAGAAAGAAUUGUAUAAAAGCAAGUUGCCUUGUUUGGUUCAGAUAUCUAAUCGUCUUCCAUAUGGUUUCCCUCUGCUUUGGCAGGGUUACUCCAAGAUAUAAAUGUUAGUUUGGAAGUAUUGUAGCUAAAAUGUUAAUUUGAUCAUGGUCAUUUAAUCCAACUAGCUCCUUAAUUUGUCUCACACAAAGAUUCAGUGAUCCCAUUUCCUUUUGAUAACAUAGCAAAGGAAUAACUGUCCUCUCCUGGAUCACUUCUACAAAAACCAUUCUACCCACAGUCAGAAUGAUUGUGGCUUUCUUUAAAACCAUAUUGCUAAUGGUUGUCUGGACAUAGGUUCCAAAACAUAUUAGUGAAAUAUGUUGGUGCUUUUAAUGUAUAUUUUAAAUUCCUGACAAAAGCAUUAAUUGUGAGAUAGAGAUAACACCUGCUGAUGUUGAUUAAGCCAACACUUUGGAGGUAUGAAACUGUUUAAAAAUGUUAUCGAUCUCACACUUUUUGCUGGAGUAUUGUUAAGUUUAACAUAUAAGCAUUCAAAUCAUUUGUCACAAUGCCUCUUUCUUCCCUCUCCCCACUUCUGAAUAACAGCUCAUAUCCAGGCAGAUGUGUAUAAAUAUAGGCCGGUAUACUCAUGGUUACCAGUUUGGUACCUGUACAGUUUUCUAUUUCCUGUUUGUAUAAUUAGUUAGUGCGAUAGCAACAGUGCAAAACCACUCUUAAUUAUUCUUUUGAUAAGAUUGUGGUCAAGUUCACGUUAAUAACUUUUGUAAACUGUCAGUAUUUUAUAAUGUAUUUUGUUACCCAGAAAGUAGAUGAGAAGAUAGUCAUCUUCUAAUAUAGCUAUUCAAGUUGAAUGCUCUGCUAAUAUACUUUACUUGCUAUGACAUGACUAUACAUUUUAAGCAGUAUUUCAACUUUGUGGGCAUGCACUUGCCACUUUAAUAAGCUGAAUUUUAAUAUGAUGACCUACUAUGUUCAACAAAUCCUGCUAUCAAAGACAAGUUUUUUUAAAAAUUAUACAUGGAACAACUAAUAACCCUGUCAGAAAAUGGAGGUUUGGUAUGUACCCUUCUGUGCAACCUAAAAAUUUUAACUACUAAAUAUUUUUAAGGUUUUCAGUUCACCAAACAAUUCUAAUGUGGAAAUCCCACAGUUAAAUAUUAAAACCAAUAAACUCUG